AUGAAAAUGGAUAUUCGGAACUUUUUUGCAAAAAAACGGAAAAUUACAAGCACAGAGGAUGAUGAUGCCAGUUGCAGUAAACAGUUGCAGCAGUCUAGUGAGGUGGAUUCAGCGCCAAUAACACAAUCUUAUUCUGCUAAUAAAAAAUUGUGUAACUCUUUAGUUAGCCCGCAAGAUUCAGAACCGAAAACCAUAAAUUCUUGCAGUAUUGUUAAUGAGGUAGUAUCUGAAUCUCGUGCAUCUACAUCUACGUCUAUUCUGGAUGAUGGAGGGAAUUUUCAUGAAAACGAUAUCGGUCGAUGGGUUGGACGGUCUUUCGUACUGACAACGGAGAAGCGAAUGGAAAUGUUAAAGCGAUGCUGGGUACCUUCAGAAACUUAUGAUUUUGCUGGCGAUGCUACACAUUUAAAACGCAAAUUUAACCACUCUUGGUUAGAAAUGUACAAACCGUGGCUUGUAUACUCAAAGAAAUUGAAAGGUGCAUUUUGUUUGUUUUGUGUUUUAUUCCCGCCGAAAGUCGCACGUGGUGUACAGAGAUCUCUAAUUGUUCGACCAUUUACCAAGUAUAAAGAUAUACAUAUUUAUUGUAAAGCGCAUGUAGAUACUCAAUGGCAUAGAGAGUCGAGUGCGUCUGCCAAUUCUUUUAGCAACAUUAAAACAAAUGUACAAGUUGCAUUGCAAAUAGGCCGCGAAAAAAUUAUUGAAGACAAUAGAAAUGCAUUGCUACCUAUAAUCAGUACAAUAGUUUUUUGUGGAAUACAUGAUUUGCCAUUGAGAGGAAAAGAAAAGGAUGACGGCGUUUUUCAAGAUUUGCUUCAAUUAAAAAUAAAAUCUGGUGAUGAAAUUUUGCGGCAACAUUUAGAGAAGGGUCAAAAGAAUGCUCAGUAUACGUCCCCGAAGAUACAAAAUGAAAUUUUAAACAUAUGCGGUAUUCUAAUAAGAGAAAAACUGGUCGAUAACAUUAGAGUCGCAAGUGCUUUCAGUAUUUUGGCUGAUGAAUCAGCAGAUAUAUCUGGUAAGGAACAACUAGCAAUAGGUCUUCGAUAUUACGAUCAAAAAGAAAAAAAUGUUACAGAAGAAUUUAUGGGCUUCGUAGAGUUGGAAAAAUGGAUGCCCAAACGAUAG